UUUGCUUUAUAAAAAACAACAACAGUAGAUGCAGAAAAAGAAAACCAGCCAAGUAUAAAUGCAUAAUUUCACAGUACAAAGUACAAAUUUCAAAAUCCCCACCAUGAAGGUGCAUGAAAGGCUGGAGCGUUAGAAGUGAAUUAACCUGACCCCACGAAAACAUUCGUACCCCGUUUUUGUUAUAUACAAGUAAUCCAAGCUAAAUAGAAAUCCUGGGGUGUUUCUGCUGUAUCGCUGUAAAAGUCAGGUCAGAAACGUGUUGUUUUCAAGACUACAAAGUGUGCAGCUGGCUCUUGUUCUUCUUUCUGCCAACAAAGUGUCCCAGUUGUUUCUAUGAACUCUGUCAGACAGGUGAGAAACACAGUCCUGUACUUGUGCUAGAAGCGUCAUCAGUGGAGUCUAAAAAGGCCGCACAGGAGAAAGCCAGUCACAUUUGGUUACAGCAAGUUAAUAACAGAUUAAUAACCAGCAGCUAGUAAAAAAGCACAGACCAAAAACAGAAUUAUUAUGACUGUCUAGAUAAAAACAACCUGUGGCUUCAACAAGCGAAUUCACUGAAACCAUAACUUAAAUGCCAAAGUGAAACUGUCACACAACAAAGAGGUAGGGUGAAACCUCCUGUCAAUAAAAUUUCUAGGGAUAAGAAUUUUUCAUAGUUUGAAACCAAAUGCAUAUCAGAAAUUUCACAAAAACAUACCGACUCUGGAAAUUUGUCUAAAAAACACUGUGUGAAUACCCAAACCUAAUUUAAGAUCUUACAGAAUAUCUUUAUGUUCCUCUUCAGAGUUGUUCUGAAAAUGCAUUUUAUUUAGCUUAAGCUUGGUUGUUAGUAAAGCUGCCCAUUUGAGUUUCCUCCACUGUCUGAAAGAUCAAUUUUACACAGAGUAAAACAACACAAAAGCAAAGGUAAACUGUUAGAGAAGACACAUUGCUCUGUCACAAGAUAAAACUUGCUUCUGUACUGAAAUUUACUGGCUGAAGUUAGGAAAUUAGGCAGCAAGACAAAUGAAAAACAGGUCUAAGCUAACUCAUUAAAAUCUAAUAUUAAAAAACUAAAUGUAAUAUUUAUGUAGAACAUUAUUUACACAUGAACUAAAUAUAUUGUGAUGGGUCUCAUGUAGCAUUACCUGUUGAAGUUUGUCUUACACAGUUUCAACUGGCACACUGGGUUACUGUGAAAUGACUCUAGGAACAUGUUUUUAUAUAGUCAAUGAAUUCUGCACAAAAAUAAACCAAAAUAAUAAUCAUGUGAGAAUUAUUUAAAUCUGUGAUUUUAAAAAAUGCUGUGAUUUGUACCAAACAGUCAGAAAUUGAUUUAAGUUGCGUCAAAUGUAAAAAUUCAGCAGGCAUGUAUUUUCCGCACUAAAAAACACAAACAAAAAACAAUCAGAUGCACUUUCCAUGGCAUCGUACCGUGCAAAACUAUAUUUGGUCCAAUAACGACGGAUCAAAUUUCAACAUGAUAACAGAUUACUGCUCCGGCUUUCUUUUCUUUUAAUCUCAGGUGACUUCCAGUACUGAAGGCACUGAAUUCAUGUCUGGUUGGGAAUUUACCUCAAAAUCAUUAUCAACCCCUUUACAGUUAAGCAAUUUUCUGGAAUAGAACUUGAAUGAUUUUGAUUUUUACUUGAAGAGACCUGAACCUACCUGAAAGCUGCAAAAUACCUCAAACCAGGCAGCACAAAUUUCAGUAAAAUAUCAUGAAUUCCUAAUUAUUUAAUUUUAUUUAUUUAAACUGUGUGUUUUUUUUUUUAUUCUUAUAAGGGAAUGCUGAUAUCAAAACAGGUACCUUUAAGGAGGAUACAAGAAGAAGGACUCAAAAGGAUUUAGGAUAACAUCAUUCAAAGAUAUAUAUAAAUACAUAUAUAUUACUAUUAAAGAAUUCUGGAUCUUUUUUUCGUUAUAUAUAUGUAAAACGAAAAAAAGAUCCAGAAGUCUUUAAUUAUAAUCUGUGUAUAGCUACAAUUGUUAAAUUGCUUUAGCAGUGUGUGUGGGUUCCUGACUUGCGCUUUCAAGUGAUGCAAUUGAUGACAUCAUGGGUGUUUUUUUUAAAAUUGGUCUUUUUUUCCAUCUUGUUUCCCUGACAUUCAGUGAAACUGCUUGUUGUAACUUGUCCACAUCAUGAGACUGAAAUAUUCCCUAAAGAUGCACAGUCAAAAAGUGUUUGAUGUUGAUGAAGUGUUUUUCCACCUUUCCCCAGUAAAUUACUGGACAUUUCAGGAAUUAAGAAAGUUAUGUUUUUAUUUAUUGUGUAAACUAAACACUGAGCAUUGCGGUCAACUUGCCAGAGUGGCAGUUACAGCUCAAACAGAUGAUUUUUUUAAAAGUAGAUGCUUAUUCUCAUGCUUCCUUUUCUUUUCUGUCUUAUCAAUUCGUCCAUGUUUAAAUGACCUAAAAAUGGACAGAUUUGUGAGUAUAGAGUAUAGAAAUAGAAAGACACAAAAGAAAAGCAGUUUACAAGCAUGAUGAUUACAAGUGUGUGUGUGUGUGGGGGGGGGAUAGCAAAAAAUAAAGACGGCAGUCCUAUUUUAGUUUCACAGUGAAUGACUUUUUCUGAAUCAUACAGUCACCACAAGAUGCUUAGUGAGAGAGAGAGCGAGACGGCAGAGAGAGGAAAAAAAAAAAAAAAAAGUCCAGACACCGUGUGAAACCGAAAGCAAGAACAUGAGAAUAUAUAGUGUUUGUGAGUGCCAGUAAAGCAUGAAAUUAUCUUGCUGCGAGUGGCACUACACCACUACUCACUACUCCUCCGAGAUGGCUGUUUGGAAAGCCCUCUUCCUCCUCUUUUGUAUACUGGACUGCAUGGAGCAAUCCGCCUCAUUACCAGUUGCUCAGACUAAUUCCCUGUAUCUUAAUUGCUUCAAGCACACAAGGUCCACUCGAACUCGUGUGCAACAGCUGCUAGGGAAAUAUAAGGAGCAGCAGCUGGGAAACGGGCAGUUUGAGGACAGAAGCCGACACUUGAAGGAUCUGCCCUCACUUUCCACAGAAUUCUAUCGGUGGAUUAAUCUGACGGUUAGUAAGUCCCUCUGUGUUUCAAAACACUUUCAUAGAAAAUCAUUCUCUGAUUGUCACUUGUGCGUUCAGGAGUGGGAACGACUGCAUGCCGCUUUCUGGGACAUGAAAACCUACUGGAAUAUGCUGGAGUGGAAGAGAAUACAGCUGGAGAACGAGGAGAAAGAUCAGAAGAUGGUGCAGGAUGCUCGGACAACUCUAACUCAGAACAUCAGACACAUUCAGCUGGACUUGCGGGACCUGAUUAGCCAAGUUAGCACUCAGAUGAGCUCUUUGAGAAGCUCUUGGAAAAGGCCAGCAGCUGCUUUGGCACAAACACGCCUGAACCCAGCAAGCAGGUCCAGGACAGUAUGGGACAGCCGAGUGGAAGGUUACAUCAUCCUGAGGGAUCUGGACCUUUACCUCACCAAGCUGGCAAGAGACUUUCUUUUACUGGCUACGAAAAUACAGUCAUGACUCAAAACUGAAAAAAAGACAACACACACACACACA